UUGGUUACUUGGUUAGAGUGGAGGGGAAGCAGUAGCACUGACGAACAGGGUCAGGUCAGGGGAAGUGGGGGAGAACGAGAAAGAGAGACUGGGAGCAUGCCGAAGAGGACAACCCAUACGUACUCGAGUGAAGAUGCAGCCCCCGAUGGCCUUCAGUCCGACCUCUUCGUCUACUAUUGCAAACACUGCGGCUGUCAUGUCCUCAUAACAGAUACUCAGUUGCAGAAAAUGCCAAAAAGGAAAACCGAUAAAGCACAUGUGCUAGACAAGAAGAAGCAUCUCGCGAGGUUGAAUACCAAUGAAGCAGGAAAAGUUCUUCUAAAACGUGGCGAAGGGAAAUUGGAAAAACAAUUCCGUAUGAGCUGUAUGGGUUGUGGACUUUUUGUUUGUUACCGUGCAGAAGAAGAUUUGGAAACUGCUCCUUUUAUUUACAUUGUUGAUGGUUCACUUAGCUCAGUUGCAGCAGAAACCAAUCCUCAGGAUGCUCCUGUGCCACCCUGCAUAUCGCAAUUAGAAGGUGGCCUUGUUCAAGUGGCAAUAGAAGUGGAGGACCGUGCACAACGUUCUGCUGUCACAAGAGUAAAUGCUGAUGAUGUUCGAGUGACUGUAGCUGCACCUGCUGCCCGGGGGGAAGCCAACAAUGAGCUGUUGGAGUUUAUGGGCAAAGUUUUGGGUCUAAGGCUGAGCCAGAUGACUCUUCAAAGGGGGUGGAAUAAUAAAUCAAAGCUCCUUGUGGUUGAGGAUUUGUCUGCCAGAGAGGUUUAUGAGAAGCUUCUGGAGGCUGUACAACCUUGAAGUUCAUUGCAGCUAGCUCUGUACCUCAACAGAUUUUUGCUCAGGUAUGCAGUUCCAAGCGUUUUUAUUACAAUCUUGUGCCUGGUUAUUGUGUUCAAUGAGAAUUGGAACUCUGAAGAAACACUUGUGAUUUAUUUACCUAUUUGUAACUUUUCAUGAAACAAAUUGGCUGUUACUAUAGAUUUGAGUUGUCAAAUGACUUCCAUUGAAGGCA